UGAUUCCUUUUUCAUCCAUGCAAAAAUAUUAUAUCAAUGCAUUAAAUCCCUAAGCCCUUGUGUAUAUAUAUAAUAUACCCCCAUAGGCGAAGGACAUGAAAGUAAUUAAAAAAAACCUACUAGAGAUCAGAUCAUAUCAAUGGGGAUUCGGUUACUGGAGAUGAUGCUUCACGCGAAGCAGAUUAUCAGAAGACGGUCACACUCGAAGCAACAGUGCUCAUACAGAACAUCGUCGGAUAGUAAAGUGGUAAAUAUUGUCCCAAAAGGCCAUUUCGCGGUUUACGUUGGGGACGAAGAGAAGAACAAGAGAUUUGUGGUUCCGAUAUCGUACUUGAAGCACCCUUUGUUCCAAGCUUUGUUAAGGCAAGCCGAGGAAGAGUUCGGUUUCGAUUAUCCGGUGAGGGGUCUUAUUGUUCCAUGUGCCGAAGAGGAAUUCAUCAAGCUAACUCGAAUAAGUAAUGCUUGAGCCAAAGCUCGUAAUAUUUUUUUUGGGUACAUAUUACAAAUUAGAGAAGAAUGAUAAUAUCAAGAUAUAAAUCUUGAUUUUUGAGGUGCUAAGAAGAACAGAGAUUAACAAGCAAAGCCAUAUAUAUAUAUAUAUAUAGAUAUGGUGAUUUUGAUUUGCAUUUUUUUAAUUUUUUAUUUUGUAAAUGUGUUUUGAAUUUUGAAGGUUGCAAAUUAAUCCCAAAAUUUUGUUGCUUGUUUGGGUUUCUUUUGGAAAGUGCAUAAAAAAAUUUGUUUAAGAUGUUUCACCAUAUCAUGUAAUUAUAUUC